AGCACGGACCAUAAACAGAAGUUAGAGAAAACCUCUCGUCUAAUAUUCAUAUGUUGUCUCUGCAUUUCCACAUUUCUCUUCAUGUUUCACACGUUUGAAACCGUCUGCAGACACGAAGCGUUUCUCAGAAGCAAAGUGUCAGCGUGGACGUGAGGAUGGGACGCGCUUUGUUUGGUGUGUUGGGGCUUUUCUUGCUGAAUAUUCUCCUCUACUGUGGACACGCUCAAGUCACAAACAGAGCUGUUGUGACACUGCAACACGACUGGCCUGAGAUUUACUCUGGAGAGACGAUCACUCUCACAUGUGGAAUAGAGGAGGGAGGAGGCUCUGAGUGGGAGUAUGAAUGGAGAACACCCGGCUAUUACACACCUCCAAACCCAAGAGGCUCCAUGAGGACAUCAUCAGUCACAGGAGACUACAGCUGUAAGGGCAGACUGAAAGAUGGAGCCUCUACAACAAAAUGGAGUGAUGCUUUCACAGUAAAAACAUCAGCAGAAAAACCAAAGGCCCAACUGAGAAAAGACUCUCCUGUAGCGGGAAGUGUGACCCUGACCUGCUCUGUUGAGUCAUCAUCAUCAUCAUCAUCAUCACCAUCAUCUGGAUGGAAGUACUUCUGGUACAGAGACGAGAAAACCUCUGAACCUCUGAAAACAGGAGAUGAUGUUCUCCUCCAGAGUGGAAGCAUCUCUCCCUCUGGUAGAGGAGUCUACUGGUGCAGAGGAGGAAGAGGAGACCCAGUUUACUACACAGAGUACAGCCAUCCAGUCGCCACAAACAGAGCUGUUGUGACUCUGCAACACGACUUGCCUGAGAUUUACUCUGGAGAGACGAUCACUCUCACAUGUGGAAUAGAGGGGGGAGGAGGCUCUGAGUGGGAGUAUGAAUGGAGAACACCCGACUAUUACACACCUCCAAACCCAAGAGGCUCCAUGAUUACAUCAUCAGUCAGAGGAGACUACAGCUGUAAGGGCAGACUGAAAGAUGGAGGCUCUACAACAGAAUGGAGUGAUGCUUUCACAGUAAAAACAUCAGCAAAACCAAAGGCCCAACUGAGAAAAGACUCUCCUGUAGCGGGACGUGUGACCCUGACCUGCUCUGUGGGGUCAUCAUCAUCAUCACCAUCAUCAUCAUCAUCAUCAUCUGGAUGGAAGUACUUCUGGUACAAAGACGAGAAAACCUCUGAACCUCUGAAAACAGGAGAUGAUGUUCUCCUCCAGAGAGGAAGCAUCUCUCCCUCUGGUGGAGGAGUCUACUGGUGCAGAGGAGGAAGAGGAGGAAGAGGAGCCCCAGUUUACUACACAGAGUACAGCCAUCCAGUCGCCACAAACAGAGCUGUUGUGAAGCCCAACUGGCCUGAGAUUUACUCUGGAGAGACGAUCACUCUCACAUGUGGAAUAGAGGAGGGAGGAGGCUCUGAGUGGGAGUAUGAAUGGAGAACACCCGACUAUUACACACCUCCACACCCAAGAGGCUCCAUGAUGACAUCAUCAGUCAGAGGAGACUACAGCUGUAAGGGCAGACUGAAAGAUGGAGGCUCUACAACAGAAUGGAGUGAUGCUUUCACAGUAAAAACAUCAGCAGCAAAACCAAAGGCCCAACUGAGCAAAGACUCUCCUGUAGCGGGACGUGUGACCCUGACCUGCUCUGUGGGGUCUUCAUCAUCAUCAUCAUCAUCAUCUGGAUGGAAGUACUUCUGGUACAAAGACGAGAAAACCUCUGAACCUCUGAAAACAGGAGAUGAUGUUCUCCUCCAGAGUGGAAGCAUCUCUCCCUCUGGUGGAGGAGUCUACUGGUGCAGAGGAGGAAGAGGAGACCCAGUUUACUACACAGAGUACAGCCAUCCAGUCGUCACAAACAGAGCUGUUGUGACUCUGCAACACGACUUGCCUGAGAUUUACUCUGGAGAGACGAUCACUCUCACAUGUGGAAUAGAGGAGGGAGGAGGCUCUGAGUGGGAGUAUGAAUGGAGAACACCCGACUAUUACACACCUCCAAACCCAAGAGGCUCCAUGAUGACAUCAUCAGUCAGAGGAGACUACAGCUGUAAGGGCAGACUGAAAGAUGGAGGCUCUACAACAGAAUGGAGUGAUGCUUUCACAGUAAAAACAUCAGAAAAACCAAAGGCCCAACUGAGAAAAGACUCUCCUGUAGCGGGAAGUGUGACCCUGACCUGCUCUGUGGGGUCUUCAUCAUCAUCACGAUCAUCAUCAUCAUCAUCUGGAUGGAAGUACUUCUGGUACAAAGACAAGAAAACCUCUGAACCUCUGAAAACAGGAGAUGAUGUUCUCCUCCAGAGUGGAAGCAUCUCUCCCUCUGGUGGAGGAGUCUACUGGUGCAGAGGAGGAAGAGGAGACCCAGUUUACUACACAGAGUACAGCCAUCCAGUCGUCACAAACAGAGCUGUUGUGAAGCCCAACUGGCCUGAGAUUUACUCUGGAGAGACGAUCACUCUCACAUGUGGAAUAGAGGAGGGAGGAGGCUCUGAGUGGGAGUAUGAAUGGAGAACACCCGACUAUUACACACCUCCAAACCCAAGAGGCUCCAUGAUGACAUCAUCAGUCAGAGGAGACUACAGCUGUAAGGGCAGACUGAAAGAUGGAGGCUCUACAACAGAAUGGAGUGAUGCUUUCACAGUAAAAACAUCAGAAAAACCAAAGGCCCAACUGAGCAAAGACUCUCCUGUAGGGGGACGUGUGACCCUGACCUGCUCUGUGGGGUCUUCAUCAUCAUCAUCAUCACCAUCAUCAUCAUCAUCAUCUGGAUGGAAGUUCUUCUGGUACAGAGACGAGACAACGUCUAAACCUCUGAAACCAGGAGAUGAUGUUCUCCUCCAGGGUGGAAGCAUCUCUCCCUCUGCUGGAGGAGUCUACUGGUGCAGAGGAGGAAGAGGAGGAAGAGGAGGAAGAGGAGACCCAGUUUACUACACAGAGUACAGCCAUCCAGUCGCCACAAACAGAGCUGUUGUGAAGCCCAACUGGCCUGAGAUUUACUCUGGAGAGACGAUCACUCUCACAUGUGGAAUAGAGGAGGGAGGAGGCUCUGAGUGGGAGUAUGAAUGGAGAACACCCGACUAUUACACACCUCGACACCCAAGAGGCUCCGUGAUUACAUCAUCAGUCAGAGGAGACUACAGCUGUAAGGGCAGACUGAAAGAUGGAGGCUCUACAACAGAAUGGAGUGAUGCUUUCACAGUAAAAACAUCAGCAAAACCAAAGGCCCAACUGAGCAAAGACUCUGUAGAGGGACGUGUAACCCUGACCUGCUCUGUGGGGUCAUCAUCAUCAUCAUCACCAUCAUCUGGAUGGAAGUACUUCUGGUACAAACACAAAAAAUACUCUGCACCUCUGAAAACAAGAGCUGAUGUUCUCCUCCAGAGUGGAAGCAUCUCUCCCUCUGGUGGAGGAGUCUACUGGUGCAGAGGAGGAAGAGGAGACCCAGUUUACUACACAGAGUACAGCCAUCCAGUCGAUGUCCCUCAGCCUGUCCUCACAGUGUCUCCAUCAUGGACGAGUCCUGGAGACUCAGUGACUCUGACCUGCAGUGUUGAACCUCCGUCUGCAGGAUGGAGGUUCUUCUGGUAUCAGGCUGUUCCAGAACUGUCACUCAACUACACCUAUGAGCUUCUAGCUGGUAACACCACUGGGACUGAACAGGAUUCCUACAUUCUUCAUGGACAGACACACACAGCAGGAUAUGUGUGCAGAGCUGGAAGAGGAGAUCCUGUGUUUUACACUCUGUACAGUGAUGUGAAGUUUGUCUGGUCUGGAGGUGUGAAUCCAGCAGCGUCUCUCACAGUGAGUCCUCACAGACUGCAGCACUUCAGCACAGAGUCACUGUCACUGAGCUGUGAGGGAAACUCUACUGAGUGGAGAGUGAUGAAGGCUGAUGAAUCUGGCUUCAUGUCAUCCUGUUCUUACUGGGGACAAAUGACUGGAUCCACAUGCAACACCACUAGAGCGAGUAGUGGAGUGUACUGGUGUGAGUCUGCAACACAGUCCAGCAAUGCAGCCAACAUCACUACACACAGUGGUGAUGUCAUCCUGGUGAGUCCUGUCCAUCCUGUGACUGAGGGACAUUCGGUCACUCUUGGCUGCAUGUUGAGGACAAAAGAACUUCUUGAUAAUGUGGAUUUCUAUAAAAAUGACCAACUCCUCCCAAAUGGUGUCGGAGGGGAGCUGUUUAUCUCUGCAGUUACUAAGUCAGAUGAAGGCUUUUAUAAAUGUAGAGGAAGGAAAUCACCUCCAGGUUUGGAGACUUUGACCUCAGCAGAGAGCUGGUUGUCAGUGGAACAUCCUGAAGAAGCAGCAUCAAGCUCUGUGUUUCUCCUGCUGUUGGUGGUUGGUCUGGCUUCUGGAAUUUUACUGAUUAUUCUCCUGCUGCUGAUUCUGCGUCGCUACAGAAAGUCAAAAGCUUCAAGCCUCAGCAGGUCUCAGAGGACCAAUCAGAGCCCAGCUACA